AUGGAGGACGAGGAGGUCGGCGCGGGUAUGCUAGGCAGCGACCACCGAAACGAGGGGGACGACUCCUGUGGAAAUUCAGUCGUGGGUGCGGCAGGAGGCCAGGCACUCUCGACAACUGCGGUUGCGGGCACCCAGGGCGCCGCGUCGUCAACGUCGCUUUUGGAUCAACCUUCGCGGGGCUUUGAGGGGGCAAGUACAUUAGGACCUCGACUUUGCCACACGGAGUCAGCCACAGGCGGCAGCAAGGUCUCCUGGGAACCAAGCGGAGAAGCGCAAUUGCGGUGUCCUCUUCAGUUGCAGAGAGACGACCUCUUCAGCUUGACGCACGCGGAGAACACGUCGGUGACGGGACGUGGACAACGAGCUGAAGAGGGCGUAUGCGCGUUUCACGCGGAGGACUCCUCACGUCGAAGCGAGGGAGACAGCAUUUCCGUGGGGGAAGCCAUUGAGCUGAUGACCGCACUUCAAGAAUCCAGUCUCCUCCAUACAUGCAACAGGGUGGUGGAAGAUGCGCUUCCAGAUGACCUUCUCCGCUUGCUGUCGUUGCCGUGUAGCGCGAAUGAGCCACUUGAAUCGCGUGAGCAAGGGGGACUCACUGCGCAUCAAAACAGGGGGACUCCGAAAGAGAAAGAGAUGCGACAGUGGCUUCAGCCAGUAGCUGCCCACGACAGAGAAACGGACCGCGGCGACCGCCUUAGUGCGACAGACGGUUUCGUCGGCAGGACCGGACAUAAUUCUCAAAGGCUAGGACUGAUGGACGGAUACAAGCCCCAAGAGGCAUUCACACCCACAGGUCUGCUUCCCCAGCACACAUACGGGCGGCCUCCUGGACAGGAUGGUGUUCUAGUUAGAGGACGCAGAUCUAUCUCAAGUGGCUCCAGGUUUACAGCAGAUGAUAGGACAGUCACUGAUGCAAACUGCCUCAGCACCGGCUGUCAAAUUGUCGCCAACAGACACGGCGAACCCCUUUGUAGUACCGAUAGUACCAGGUCAGAAGAGUCGGGCUCUGAGUCUUCACCAUCAUCGCCGUGCAAUACGCCAGGUGCUUGCUGUGACUCUCCAGCGAGUGCCUCUGCUAAGCGAGACAAUAACCACACAACAGUCCGGGCGCAUGCCUGGGCCGAUGCUUCCUUGAAGGAAUUUGAGGUUGGAACAGCCGCCGGCUCUUCGACAAACUUGAUUCGUGGCGCCUGUACCCUUCAGUCCGGUGUAGCUCGAGCGGAGUGUAACGUCGCAGCUAGAAAUUCGUAUGGGCAGAUUCACAGGAGUGGAACAGCGAAUAUUGCGGACCGCGCCAAGAUAUCCGAUUAUUCUGCAAUGCACAAAGCUAUGCCUAAAGUUACAGGAGUCCGUUUUCAGGCGCAGAGAAACCGGUUUGUCGCAGAAUGGUACGAACGCGGGCGAACGAGGAUGGCGUAUUUCCCUGUCAAGCUGUACGGGUUCGACCGGGCGAGGAAUAUGGCGAUUCGGCGUAGAGAGGAGGUCCUGCAGAUGAAACUUGCGAAGAGCAAUGUUAAAGGGGACGUCGGAGGCAGUCCUGCGUCUGCGCACGGGAGAGGGAACCUGUCAGUCAGAAGCGGAGCAGUGGAGAUGGUAACUCCCACUUCGAAGCGUCGACGGCUCGUGGACAGUUACACCCCGUCGGCGACGCCAGCCCCGUGCAGAAACACAUUUCCCAUCGAGACUGCAACGCCCCGUUUCACAUCUUCUCGUCGUCCCGCGCUGCUGCCCCUAGCGACGUGCGAAUCUAAGCCGGCGAAGGAGACACCUAUUACGGAGGUACUCCUCCGUUCCCCGGUGCGAACUUCCAGCGAAAGGGCGGACCCAGAAGCCGGUUGUGAGGUUGGCCUCAAGCGUCGGCGAGAAGACCAUAUUCUGCCCACUUUGCUCGAGCAGCAGCGGAGGUUGUGGACACCGGAGACGACAAGAGUGGUUGCGGCCGGAGGAGCGGCGAGAGUGGAUGCGAGAGACAUCAGCUUGUGUGACUUGCUCGAAAGGGCUGUGGCGGCCGCUGGCACUCAAGGAAAAGCCCAUUUACGGAGACGCUGUGAGGAAAGUUUCUCAGAAGGCUUGGGGAUCCGCCCAGAUAUACGAAGUGUAAGCAAUGCCUUAUUGAUUGCAGCUCAGCUGCAGAAACAGGACAUAAUUGAUUUGCAGUCCCAGUCGACCUCGUCAGGUGCGUCGUGCUCCGAUACUGACUGCCUGGAGCAAACUUGGGCAAGCGCAGGCAGGCGCCUGGUGGCAAGUAUGAUGGGGGGCCGGACGACUGAGGAGAGACGUCUGUCGGCUUCCAUACUAUGA